CAUGUCAGCACAAGGGCGUAUCUAGUCGUGCUAAGUGCCCCCACCAAAGCUCAUAUCUAUCUUAAUGACAGGGAAAUAUACGUUUGUAACCACCACCACCGUAUUUCGUAUCGCGAUGAAGAUUCUACCGAAUUAACAGACUUCUCCACCGUCGAAACAACCAUUAAAGCUGUUAAUGAUAUCAGGGAAAAAUUUCAUAGCUAAAACCCCUUCUAUUAUCCAAAUAAUUGUAAAUUGUAUUUUGUUGGUUAACAGAAUUAAUACUUAAGAAAGUGAAUUUUAGAAUCCAUAAUAAUUAAUAAAAUAUGCAAUCUCAAAACCAAGAAUUAAUCGACUUGAUUCACUCUGAAUUCCCAGCUGUGAACAAGUUGACUAUUCAAAACGAGGUUCGCAAGAACAAAGGAGACCUGAAGGAUGCCCGUAAGACUGUUCAGAGUAUUAGUGAUUCCAUCGCUGAAGCCGAUGCAAUCCUAGGGGAAGAACAGAAGGAGUAUCAGGACUCAAGUUCUAGCGACGAAGGCGAAAGCGAAAGCUAUGAAAGUCAAGAUGAAAAUGAUGAGGAGGAAAUCAGCAAGAUUUGCACUCCUAAGGUAGACAACUAUCUUGAAGAAUCCAAGGAGAAGGUUGAACAACAAUCUGAGGAGAUUUAUGCUGAUUUAGCCAAUGAUCUGAUCGAAAAAUUCCCUGGUGUGCCUACAACCUGUGUUGAAGAAUGUUUCAAGUUUUUCUACCCUAAUCUUGGAAAGAUCGAGCUCGUGCUUGGAGAAUUCCAGAAGCAAUGGGUAAUGUACUCACAAGACUUCGACGGCUACAAGAGGGGCAAAGGAAAGAGAAGAGAAAGAGCCAAGAAAGAAGGAAAGAGAAAAGACAGAAGUGAGACUAAGAGAGGAAAGAAAUCCACUAAAGACAUCGAUCACGAUGUAAACCCAGAAUUAGCUGCUGAGAUUGAUAAGAUCCAAGAACUACUUGACAAUGACAUGAAUGACCUCUCAAAAGAUGAGAUCAAGACACUUAAGGGAAACCUUAGGGUAAUGAAGAAGGAAAUCAGGGGCCUCAGAAAGGAGCACAAGAAGAAGCUUAAGGAUGAGAGGAAAGCUAUAAAAAGUGAAGCCAAGAAGCUCAAGAAAGAGGAAAGAGAGAAAAUUAAGCAUGAAAAGAGGCUCAAGAGAGAAGAAGAGACUAAGAAGAGAAGCAUGAAAAAUUACAAAGAUGAUGUCUUCUUCAGAGAAGUAAGAGAAGAGCCAACUAUCAUUAAACAAUAUCUCAAAGAGACCAAGAAGGAUUUGAAGAGAGCCAGAAAAGAAGGAGAAUAAGAGAAAACUGUCUUCCUUGAGGACAAACUUGCUGAAUAUGAAACCUCUCUUUAAACAGAGACUGAUAAAGCUAUUAUGCUCACCUACAAGAGAUAUAACAAGCCUGAAGAAGCCACUUCAAGACUCGAUCUUCAUGGUCUUAAGAAGGCUGAAGCGAUGAGACUCCUCGAGAAAAUCUUAAAUCUAAGAUUAAAGCAAAUCGACGAGCAAAAUGGCCCAAAAGACGACAGAAAGCCAAUAGAAUUCAACAUUUUCACCGGAAGAGGUAGCCACACUGGUAGACCAAUCCUCAAAAUGGCUGCUAAGGACUUCCUCCUUGAUAGAGGAAUCGAGUUCAGAGAAUUCAGCAACAAUGCCGGAUAUACUGCUCUCUUAUAAAUUCUAUCUAUAACACUUUUUACCUUAAUCUUUAAUUCUG